AUGAAGUCCACCAUCACCUUCACCUCCGCCUUCUUGGCAUCCCUCAGCCUUGUUGCUGCUGCUCCGACUCUAGCGGCAGCGGAAACAGUGUCCGUCUCCUACGACCCCAAAUAUGAUGUUGGAACAUCAUCCUUGAACACCGUCUCCUGCUCCGACGGUGUUAAUGGCCUGGUCACUCAAGGCUACACCGACUUCGCAUCACUGCCAAGCUUCCCGAACAUUGGCGGUGCGAUCACCAUCCCGGGCUGGAACAGCCCUAACUGCGGCAAAUGCUACGCGUUGCACUACUCGAACGACAAGAUUGACGAGACAAUCUACGUCAUUGCUAUCGAUGCCGCCCCAAGUGGCUUCAACAUUGGCCUGCAAGCCAUGAACACGCUCACCAACGGCCUGGCGGAGCAACUUGGUCGUAUUGACGCCACUUAUGAGGAGGCGGAUGCCAGCGCGUGCGGGCUCUGA